AAACUGUAAGGAGCAAUUUUAUCCACAAAUUCCCACCAAAUGCAAUGCAAGUCCUACUGCCCAACUCCUUCUCUUUCCCUAAACCCUUAAACCCUAACAAUUACAGUCCACGUCACUCUCUUCUCUCCACGAACCCUUCCUCGUCGGUGCUCCCAUCAAAAUGCUUCAGCUCCGACGAGUUUCCAAUCGACGAAACAUUCGCCAAAAACUUCGGCAUCACCACCACAAGAAGCGACGCUCAAGAAGAGGAAUGGCGACGGAAGAAUUGGAUCGAACGAGGCUGGGCUCCGUGGGAAGAAAUUCUCACUCCCGAAGCCGAUUUCGCUCGCAAAUCUCUCAACGAACCUGAAGAAGCGCCGCUCCAAUCGCCUGAAGCUAUCGAAGCUUUCAAAAUGCUAAAUCCUAGUUACCGUCUCCAAAAAAUUCACGAAAUGGGGUUAACUGAAGACGAGUGGUACAAAAAGCAAUUUGAUAUUAAAGGGGAAAUACCCGACCCGCUUGAGACUACUUGGGCGGGUCCUUUGGUUUUGAGACAUGUGCCGCCCAGGGAUUGGCCGCCGAGAGAUUGGGAGGUGGAUAGGGAGGAGCUGGAGUUUAUUAGAGAAUCUCAUAAGAUGAUGAGUGAGAGAGUGGUGAUUGAGGAGAUGGAUAGUAGAGAAAAAACUGACACGGAAAAAAUGAGCUAUGAUAGGUAUAAGAUGUUUUUGAAACAGUAUAAUGAAUGGGUUAUUGCUAAUAAGGAUAGAUUAGAGAAGGAAUCUUUUGAGCAUGACCAGGAUUAUUUCCCUGGUAGAAGGAAAAGAGGGGAAGAAUAUAAAGAGGGGAUGUAUGAGCUUCCAUUUUAUUAUCCUGGACAGAUUUGUGAAGGACAAGUCACCACUAUACAUCUAUACCAAGGAGCCUUUGUUGAUAUUGGAGGUGUCCAUGAUGGGUGGGUUCCCAUCAAACGUAAUGAUUGGUUUUGGAUCCGGCAUCACAUAAAAGUGGGCAUGCAUGUGAUUGUUGAAAUUUUGGCAAAGCGAGAUCCUUACCGCUUUCGGUUUCCCAUUGAAAUGCGAUUUAUAUGGCCGAACAUAGAUCACCUUAUCUUCAACAAAUUUGACUUUCCCCCAAUAUUUCACCGUGAUGAGGAUACCAACCCAGAUGAAGUACGGCGUGAUUGUGGAAGGCCUCCUGAUCCUAGAAAAGAUCCAGAAACAAAACCAGAAGAAGAACCACUAUUGUCAAAUCAUCCUUAUGUUGAAAAGCUCUGGCUAAUACAUAAUGCUGAGCAAAUGAUUGUGGAUGAUUGGGAGCUUAAUCCAGACAAAUACAAGGGGAAAAAGAUAUCUGAACUAACUGAUGAUGAAGAUUUUGAUGAACAAAAUAGUGUGGAAUACGCAGAAGCUUAUUUCAAGAAAGCCUUAUUGCCAAAAACCAUCAUGAAGCAAAGUGUCAAAGAACUCGACUUGGAAGCAGCUUUAGCUGAGCGUCAGUUUCAUAAUAAACUAAGAGCAGAAGCAAUAGAAAGAGGAGAGAAGUAUAAAAUUGACAAUCUGAGGCGAACUAUUGAAAUGGAUGAGUAUGACUUGAUUCAUUGGCGUCGAUCAUUUGAGGAAAGGGAAGCUUUGAUCAGAGACAUCAGCUGUCGGAAAGCUCUUGGGUUGCCAUUGGAAGAGCCAGGAAGGUAUAAGCCAACGAGCUAUUUUGGGAAGGAUCAAUAUGAUCCUGAGAAUCCAUUAUAUCGCUAUGACUACUGGGGAGAGCCUAAAAGCUCCGAGAAGAGCAAGCAAGAGAGGAUGAGAGAUGCUCACAAUAAAUCUAUUGUGGGAAAGGGCACUGUUUGGUAUGAAAUGUCUUACGAAGAAGCCAUCAAACAGAGGAUGAAAAGAGAAGCUCGUGCUGAGGAAUUGAAGCAAAAAGGAGAAGAUCAAGAUUUGGACAAGGAUCCCAAAGAUGAGGAAGAUGACAGCGAUGAUGACGAUAUAUGGGAUUACAGCUUUUUAAGUGAUAUGAGCAACAUCUCGGAAGAUCAACCUCUUGUAAAUGGUACUAAAUCUUCUGGACUAUCAGAUGAGGGUUUGUUUGAGAAGUAGAGUGAGACUGUCAUUCACAUAAAUAAAUAACUUAUAUUCCAAGUCAA